AUGUUUGCCUCUCGAGCUGCUUUAAGGUCCGGCUGUUUGAGGGGAACCCAACUGUUAUCAGCUCGUCGCUACCAUGGCCUUGCCCAGAGCAGGUUCUUUAAGGUGUCAGACGAGGUGCGUGAUGCAAUUGCUACAGGUAAACCAGUCGUCGCUCUUGAGACGACAAUCUAUACACACGGUUUCCCUUAUCCUGAUAACAUUGCUCUCGCCGCAUUGUUAGAGUCGGUUGUGAGAGCCAAUGGUGGAGUGCCUGCAACUAUAGGAAUCCUUGGUGGCGUUGCCAAGGUUGGUCUGAGUACGGAAGAGCUUAUCGAGCUGGCCUCGACAGCUCAAGAGAAGAGCGCUCUGAAAGUGUCUCGUAGGGAUCUCGGAUAUAUCUGUGGCUUAGGCAUGGUUGGUAAGAAAAUGCACGGCGGUACUACAAUCUCGGGCACUAUGAUCCUGUCAGAACUAGCUGGCAUCAAGAUCUUUGGUACCGGUGGACUAGGUGGUGUGCAUCGCGGAGCAGAAAGCUCAAUGGAUAUCUCUGCCGAUCUUACUGAACUUGGACGUACCCCGGUAACGGUGAUUAGCUCUGGGUGCAAGAGCUUCUUAGACAUCCCUCGAACGCUCGAAUACCUCGAGACCGAAGGUGUCUGCGUGGGUACAUUCGCUGAUGGCCGGGAUGGUGCCGUUGAUUUCCCAGCUUUCUUUACCCGAGAGAGCGGCAUUCGCAGUCCCCGGGUCAUUCAAAAUGAAGCUGAAGCUGCUGCCAUAGUUUAUGCGCAAUCAAAGCUUCCAGUAUCCUCCGGCAUCCACUUUGCCAACCCCGUCCCUCUGGAGCACUCAAUCCCCAAAGCCGAGAUGGAUAUUGUGAUUGAAGAAGCUAUCCGCCUUUCCCAUGUAGAGGGUUACCACGGCAGUGACAACACGCCAUUUGUGCUUGCUAAGAUCAAGGAACUAAGCGGUGGAAAGAGCGUAGUCGCCAACCGGGCCUUGAUUGAGUCUAAUGUCAAGCGUGCAACUUUAGUAGCUGUGGAACUUGCCAAGCUUGAACAAGCUGACCUAGGAACAGGGUCUCGACACAUGCCAUCAAUCCCAGGUGUAGCUUUUCCAAGUCAAGUUGCCUCGCAAGUUGAAGAUUUCCCCGAACCAGCCACCGAGGCACCUAUUACACCAACUCUAAAGGCAGAUGUCGUGGUUGCCGGCUCGCUAGCCAUCGACUUGUCCUGCGACUACACUCCAUUCGGAGACGAACUCACACAGGUUGCACCAGUACCACAUACCUCCAACCCAGCAAUUAUCGGACAAAGCCUAGGCGGCGUUGGCCACAACGUUGCCAUUGCCGCCAGCUACGUCGGCAGCGAUGUCAUCUUCUGUAGCGUCGUCGCAGACGAUCUCAGCGGCCGCGCUGCACUCUCAACCCUUGAAAAAGAAGGCCUCAGCACCGCAGGCAUCCAAGUCCUCGCAGCGACAGCAAGCACCCGCACAGCCCAAUACAUCGCAAUCAACGACACCAAAAAAGACCUCCUGAUAGCCAUGGCCGACAUGGGCAUCGUCGAGCUCCCCGAAUCCGAACUCGACUUUGACGGCUUCUGGGAACCUCUCCUCGAACGCACAAAGCCAAACUGGGUCGUCGUCGACGCCAACUGGCGGCCCGACGUGAUGGCCAAAUGGAGUGCUGUAGCACGCAAACACGGCGCCCGCGUAGCCUUCGAGCCCGUUUCAACAGCCAAAUCCCGACGUCUAUUCGGCACCGGCGCAAACAGCGCCGGCGCGACUAUCGGUCCCAACCAGAUCGUGCCAAAUAAUGCUAUCAGUCUUGCGUGUCCGAACCGCCUCGAGCUGACGGCUAUGUUUAAUGCUGCGCGGGAAGCAUCUCUUUUCGAGUCCGCGGAAUGGUGGCAUCUCAUUAACUCGAUGAAUAUGUCUCCGACGGGCUCGCGCCAGCAACUCAUUGCGCUCACUUCGCUGUCUCUCGUUGACGAGGGCAUUCCGCAGCAGACUGUUCAGCUGCUUCCUUUCAUUCCUUGUAUCGUUACUAAGCUCGGUGGUGCGGGUUCUCUCCUCACUCAGCUUCUGCCGCCUGGUGAUCCCCGUCUUACGGAUCCGGAGUCUGCGCCGUAUAUUCUUUCUCGCGCGUGGGGACCGGACUUGCCUUUCGGUGGUGUUUACAUGCGUCUGUUCUCGCCUAAUACUAUUCUAGAUGCCAAGGACAUUGUCAGUGUCAACGCGGCGGGUGAUACGCUGCUAGGUGUUGUGGUGGCUGGCUUAGCCAAGGAUCCUUCUGUGCGCGUGGAGGAUGUCAUUUCUAUUGCUCAGGAGGCGAGCCGGAAAACAUUGGCUAGCGCUGGAGGUGUGAGUAAGGAAUUGGGUGAGCUGCGGGGCUUAUUGGGACUGUAA